UAUGUGUUAGGAGAUAUUCCCCAUAGCUUGCAUUAUUUUGUCUGCCAUCUUACCCAAUCAAGGGUACUUAUAUUUUCUCUUUCUUUUUUCAAGGUUCAGAUACCUUUUCCUGAAAAUGUCAGUUGAUGGCAUAGUGCCUGGUUGUUGAGCAGGCACCUUCCCAGGCCAGUGAGGUGCCAAGAUGCCACUUUAUUAAGAGGUGCUUUUUACUUCUUUCAGAUGUGAAACAUGCAGCAAAGAGGAAGCUAAGUACAGAUGUCCACGAUGCAUGAAAUAUUCGUGCAGCCUAUUGUGUGUGAAGAAGCAUAAGCUUGCACUGAGCUGUAACGGAGUCAGGGAUAAAACGGCAUUUGUCUCUGUAAAUGAAUUUACUGACUUGAACCUUUUAAGUGAUUAUCGUUUCCUGGAAGAUGUAGGAAGGACAGCUGAUGCUGCUGCUCGACAUCCUACUAUGCAUAGUCCAGCAACAAAAAAACUUUUAUAUAUCUUAAGAAACAAAGCUCGGAAGUGUGAUAUUGACCUGAGAACGCUGCCCAUUGGAUUUACAAAAAGAAGAGAAAAUUCAACCACCUUCAAUUGCAUGGAGAAAAAGUUCUACUGGCAUCUGAAGCUUAUAUUUCCUCACUGUCGUGCUGAAUACACUUUAAAAGGGGUGCCUGACGAUAAAAUACUCGCUGAUAUCCUUAAGCCAUACAUUGAUCCAGUGGAGUCAGAUCCUGUAGUCUGUCAAAGAUUAAAAAUCUAUACAGUGUCUCCUCAGUCAGAUGUACGAAUUUUAAUGAAAAUAGAAAACAGGAGGCGAAACUCUGUCAGGUACAAUGAACUGGAUGCCAGUAGAAGCCUCUUAGAUAAUUUGAAAGGCAAAGUAAUAAUUGAGUAUCCAACGUUAUUUGUGGUCUUGAAAACACUGAAGAAUGACAUGGUGGUUCUUGGCCAAGAUGCCAGUGAACCUGCAGAGAACUCGGACAGUGAAAGUUCAUCCCUUUCAUCUAUGGAAGAAGGGGAAAUUCGGGACAGUUCAUGACAGUUCUUUGAGAGAAGAGGGUGGAAUGAGCAUUUUAUACUUUUAUUAUUAUUAUUUAAUAUAAUCUGUAUACAGUAGAGUUCUCAGAAGUUUGGUUUGGCUUCCUUCACUAAAAGCAGCACUUCCAAAGUGCCUGCCUAUUUUUGGAUUUAGUAAUGCAUAUUUAGGGAUGUAAAUAAAGAGAUUGCUGGUUCCAGAAAAACGUGGUAUUCUUAUUUAAUUGCACCCUUUUUUUCCAUGUAUCUUUAAUAAAUCAGAGCAACACAAAUUCAAAGUUUCCAAGUUAGCUUCAACAAUAUAUUUUUUCCUUUUGUCCUAACACCUCAGUUUCUGAUUUCUGAGUUUAAAUAUCUGAUUGCAUAUUUAUAUAUGGAUUUGAGUCUUAAUGCUUAAACUUACUAAAAAAAAACCCACUGGUGUUUCAUUAGAUUAAUUUUCUUUUAGGGUGUUCUGUUGUCAUGCUGAGCUGCUGCAAAUGAUCUUACUUUACUUCUGACUUUAAUCUUCUGUGGUGACAUUUUGGGUGCUUGGUGCAAUACAUUUUUUUUUUUCUUACUUAGUUGCAUCUUGUUUAAUGUGUUAAGGACAGGUCAAACCAUGUUUUCAGAGUGGCAUGUUGCUGUAUGUUUAACCUUCUACCGUGAUCUUCUAAUUUAGCAUGGGUUUUAAAAUCAAUAGAAAUUGAUACAUAGAGUGUCACUAGUGCUAGUAUCUUGGACUUCUAAACAACGGUUGUUAUGCAUCUCAUAUAACUAGUUUACCAACUGAAGCCAGGUAUUGUAAAUAUUUACUGGAAUAUCAACUAAAUUUACCUUAAAUUUACUUUAAAACAAAUAAACCUUUUUUAAAAGUCCUGUACUAUAUCAUCUGCUGACAAUAGAAAUCUGUUGUUAACUUCUGGGAAGAUUUCUGUAUCCCAGACCGCCUACCACUGUAUUCGUGGGGUCGAACUGUGCACUGCAGGCUGUGUGAGGCAGGUGGGCACCUCUGCAUGCUUGCACUGGGGAGUUCUCGGGAAUCAGCACAGGCAGUGUUGGGUUAGUUUGCAGAGGUCUAGCUAAGUGAGCAUCUGUAAAGUCUUAAGGACAUGAUCACUUUGUAAACAGCUCUGUGAGGUUGUUGCUGCCAUUGUUCUUAUCCCAGUCUGUUUGCCUCUGCUUGAAACCAACACCUUUGUGACACAAGUUGGUGGCAUGGGAUGCACACCAAGCUGCCAUGAAGGUGAUUUUUCAGUCCUGAGUCGGCUUCCUGACGCUGCCGGCAUUAUAGGUGGAAAGACACAGAAAGUAGUGACAGAACUUUUUGAGGUAACAGGAGGCUGUAGCAGCAAUAUGGGAGAGGGAUCAAACUUCCAGACUCUCAGUCCAGGCUUCAGGGCACAGGGCUGUCAGUUCCUUACCAGUCAUGCUGUGGGGAGAGGAUUUUGAGAUGGUUUAGAAGUUACUUUUUUUUCACACCUUUGCAAAUAAAUGGUCAUUAGAAAAUUGUUUGCUGUGACAUCUAGCUACUGAAGUUCGGAAAGAGUGUCAGACCUUUGUAGUCACAUACUACUUUUUCUCACAGUGGUAUCACAUGUCCUUUUCCUUGUGUGUUUUGCAAUCCCUGGUAAAACAGGGAAGUUUUUCUUCUUGCCUGGCAGUAGCCACCUGUGCUUUAUUUUCUUUUUUAGUCAUUGUUGGUCCUCUGCCCACCUCUUGUUUCAGUGUUUGUUUUUUUAACCCUUUUUAAAGGACCAGGAUUCCUCACUAUAGGUGCUGCUUUCAUAUUUUUUCAGUUCAGUGAAAAUGAAUAAGCUUUUCCUAAUCAGUGAUUACUACAUGCUGACUUGGUAGCCACAAAUUACUUUAAACCAGUCUUGAACUCGUUCAUAAUAACACCGAUAAAAGAGCAGAACAGCAAAACUGCCACAGUUCAUUUGCCAGAAAAUGUUUCAUCUGGAGUAAAAGCGUGGCAUUUCUGUUAAGAUUCAUAGCACACAGUGGAAAUGAGUUCUGCAAAUACUAGUGUUGAUCUGCAUGUGUCUGUUAUUAGUCUUUGGCUGAGGAACGCAGAUUUGUAAUUUGCAUUACUUUCCUACACUCUUGGAGGUUUUCAUUAAUUGUGUGAAAGGACUUGCCUGUGGUGGUUUUUUUCUAUAAAUAUAGUUUAAACUUCCUUGUAAGUCAAAUGCAACCAUUAUUUGUUUUUAAAUGAAGAUGCUGUUAAAUCUAUCCUUCACGUUUAAAUUUUUUCCUACCAUAAAGAAGGUUUUUAAAAAAUUAUUAAGUAGCAGUCCUGUGGUGGUUACUAGAAC